GUCCUUUGCACAUUACACUUUUACCACACUGGUACAGACAGCUUCUGUAACACAUAGAGAUGUUUACAAGCCCUUUCUUCUGUAAUCAGAAUCUGUAUCUGGUGCGUUUCCCAAAAGCAUAAUUUGCCAACCAUAGUCGCAAGUUCCGUUGUUACAUCAUUUUUUAAAGAAUUGGUGUGUUUUCAGAAACCAUCUUUCCAACGAACAUUUACAAACUGGUGUGGUUUAAACUACAGUUAUCGAGCUGUGGUCUGUGCCAUGACAUGCAUUACAGCGAAAAAGUUACUAUGCUUUCGGGAAACAGUCGUGAGUUAGUUCCUCCAAUGAUGCAACGUAUUAUGAUGGCUAAGCAGAGAGUACCUGGUAUGUCACCACGAGACCGUUUAUAAGAAGCACAAGCAACAUUUAAGAGUGAAAGUGAUUUGUUACACUGAAUUAUUAAGGCUGGUAGAAAUGACGUGGACAGUGACUCUCAGUAACCUGGUGUUAGGAGUCUAUGGAUUCACUCUCAUCACAGGUCUUCCUGCCAACCUCCUGGCUUGUUACACCUUCUGCCGGAAGAUUCGGCAGAGGUCCACCCCUAUGGAUGUCUUCCUAAUGAGUUUAACCAUUUCAGACCUGCUCUUCCUCCUCUUUCUGCCGUUUCGUAUGGUAGAGGCGGCAAACAUGAAGUGGACCCUGCCAGACUUCCUCUGUCCGCUGUCAGGUUUUGUCUUCUUCUCCAUGAUCUACAACAGCACCCUUCAUCUGACGGCCAUCGCCGUCGAGCGCUACCUGGGUGUGGCCUUCCCCAUAAAAUACAAGUUAAAACGCCAUCCCAAAAAUGCAGCGAUAGCCAUCGUUUUUUUCUGGUUGAUUUCCUUUGCGCACUGCAGUAUGGUCUAUGUCAUGCAAUACCAUUAUUUAAACCCGAACAUCACCGCCACAUCCAAGAGGAACACCUGCUACGAGGAAUUCAAUGACGAACAGCUGAGGAUCCUUCUGCCGUAUCGUCUGGAGCUUUUCAUCGUGCUUUUCUGUGCGCCGCUUCUCGUCUGCUGCUUCUGCUACAUCAAGUUCAUCCACAUCCUCUACAAUCUACCCAACAUCAACACCAUGAAGCGAAGGAGAGCCAUCGGGAUGGCGGUGGGAACCCUUCUCGUCUUCAUUGCCUGUUUCAUGCCAUUCAGCCUAACACAUGUUGUGGGAUAUAUUGGAGGCUAUAGCACAGAAUGGAGGCAGUAUGCAUUGCUUACCAACACACUGAACGCGUGUCUCGAUCCUUUCAUUUUUUACUUUUCUUCUUCAGCGUUCAGAGAGAUUUUUAAGAGCAUCUUGCGAGAGUUGCUCAGGCGCAUUGCCAUGCUUUGCUGUCAGUCAGUUCUCUACUGCCCCCUGUUGAGAGGUGGGAUAGCGGGGGAGAGAGCACAGCGAUCGGACAGUUCCCACUGAUGUCACAAGAUAACAUUUGUGAUGAUGAAUGUGUUGUGGCUGAGUAUGAAGAAUUAGAUGAGCACCGGUGCUAUGCUUAUUUUUACUUAUGUUUAUUAUUUAUACAGCUGUGGAAAAAAUUAAGAGACAAUUUUAAUGGUCCUUUUCUUUUCUUAAAGGUGCAGUGUGUAAUUUUUAGAAGGAUCUCAUGACAGAAAUACAAAAUAAGAUACAAAACUAUAUUAUCAGGGGUGUAUAAAGACCUUACAUAAUGAACCGUUAUGUGUUUAUUACCUUAGAACGAGACCUUUUUAUCUACAUACACAGAAGGUCCCCUUACAUGGAAGUCGCCAUUUUGUGCUGCCAUUUUUCUACAGAAGCCCUUUAAGGACAAUUUUUUACUAAGUUGUCUCCGACGAUGACGUUUGUCCGGUGGCGGCUACCGUAACUUCUCUAUGUGUUUCAAAAACGAGGGGUGAGCAGUGGACUAAGCCGUUGGUUGCAAUUCGCAACCUCACCACUAGAUGCCGCUAAAAUUUACACACUGCACCUUUAAGUAAAAUUAUAAUUUUACCGACAACAUUUUUGCCAAAUUCCUAAUAAAAAUUUGGUUUUUAUUUGCAUUUAUUUACAGAAAAUUGAAAUGGGGGAAACAUGGUCAAAAUAAAAAAUAGAUGCAUUGUUUUAUGAUUUUUUAAUACUUGAAAGAAAACAAGUUCAAAUAAAUUUCUCAACAACAAAAUACUAAUUUGUUCAUGUAUUUUAGGAAAAAUUCCAAAAUGAAAUAUUUUUUCUUGUCAUUCGUCUUUUACAUUCGCUGUUGGAUGACUUAAUGUCAUCUCCCAAUGUUUGUUUUUACAGAAACUAGACUGAAACGGUAACAAUAUAUCUAGAAUAAUGAUUAAAGUCAAAACUAAAGUGGUCUCCUAAUUUUUUCCACGACUGAAUAUUUUUUAAUAGUCAACCUUUGUCAAUAGAUGUAAAUUAACGGCAAUGCCAGUUUAUGCACCGAUGUGACCAAAGUUACAUUCCUAGUAUUCAGACCACAAAGAUGCUCAAGCGGAUGCUGAAUGCAAAACAUUUGCACAUUUUGUAUUUGACCCUACCUGUGAAAACCCAGCUAAAGUCAUAUAUUAUUAACUAAGUAAGAUCAUGUCAAAGACUUUGAUGACCCCAAAUAUGAGACUUUAGUCUGCACUGUAAUUUUUGUUGUUGAAUCAAUUUACAAGUAAUGUCAACUUACUAUCAUUUAUUUUGACAAGAGAUGAGUUGCUACAACUUAUAAAAUGAAGUUGGCCUUUUUCAGCUCAUCUGUAGUUAUAACAACUCAUAAUAGUCAAGAUAAGUAAUAGUAAGUUAAAAUAACUUAUACAUCUGAGUAGAUUCAACAAAACAAUUAUAAAUAAUUUUUUAUAUUUUAAAUAUUUAAA